UUUGUUCGUAAAAACAAAUGAAUUUUUUUUAACAAUAAUGUGCGUGUUUACAGCUCCUUUAUUUAGUGUAUCGUCCGUGCAAAAUACCACAAAAGAAACGCCUGCAGUUAAUUCUGGGGCUAUGACAGGUCUUUUUGGUUCAUCGUCCGUUGCUCAACAAUCUAACGCUGCACCUUCAAACGUGACGGGAAGCAGUUUGUUCUCUUCGACAUCAGGUCAAGAAACUAAAAGUAGUUUGACAACUUUAGGUUUGUUUUCUAAAACGACACCAACUUUUGCGACUUCAGCAGUCGAUCCUACAAAAGACAGCUCAUUAACAACGAAUUCAAAGCAAUCAUCAAUGACAGGAGAUGUGACCAGAUCUGAAAAACCUCUAUUAGAAGGUACCACGUCUAGAGAAAAUUCAACGACAACAAGUGCAGUGCCCAAUACUUCUUUAUUUCAAGGACAUAAACCUUUAUCUGACUCCAAAACCCGUAACGAACCAUUUGCAAGCGGGCAAGCGACGAAUAGCUUGUUUGAUAGUACUAAGAUUAAUAAACCAAAAGAAGAUUCUGUGAGUCAAAGUGGAGGAUUGUUUGGAAAGACACAAGAAAAUGUACUGACUAGCAGUAUUGAUAUAAACAAAGACAAUAAAGGUCAAGCUGCUUUGUUUAAAGGAAAUGAAUCGACAAGCAAUACUAAAAACAUAGGCUUAAAUGACCCAGAAACAGGAAAUUCUAUAAAACCGUCGAGCGAUAAUGUUUCCAAGGACAAUUUGAAUUUCGCCGAUGGUACAUUGGAUGAGUAUCAAUAUGAAAGGAUUGACCAACUUUUAAGUCAAUGGGAUCAGCGAGUCAAACGACAAGUGGCCGAUUUCCAAAAAUAUGCCAAAGUUGUUGCGACGCUUGAUUUAGACUUAUGUCAUUCGGUUUCCACUUUGGAAACAGUAGAAAGGAAUCAGUUAGCUAUAGAAAAAAAAAUGUGGGAAAUAAACUCUUCAUUAGAUCAAAUUGAGAACCAGCAAGUUUCUUUGGAAAGCUGUUUAGAAAACAUUCAAGGUGUCUUGGAGAGCCAUAUGGGUGAUGCGGAUACAAAGCAUCCUCUAAAAGGGCGAUUACAAACGAUUACCACAACUUUAGAUGAUGCUGAAACAGUUGUCGAUCAGUUAACAAAGGAAGUGAACAACAUUCAAGAAGCGUUACAUCCCGGACCCUUAGGUGAUGUUAUCACAAUGUUAAACUUACAUCAAAGAAGUUUAGAUGUCUUAACGGAGGAAGCUCAUCAACUUCGUGAUUGUUUAAGUCAAAUCGGGCAUCAUGAUUUUACCAAUUCAUCAAAUACAACUACAACGUAGUAUUGACAACGAUAGAAAUUGUUUGUUAAGAAAACGCUUUACUAGAAAACUAGUCAAGUAGUAAUACGGUGCAGUAAAUAUAGUUUCUUUUCUAUUGAGUGUACGAUUUUUUUUUUUAAUUUUAAAAUUGUUAGAUAGUUUAAGAUGCCACCCCUCCCAGUCAUCUGAGUUUUCAGAACAUUCUCCUAACAACAAAUGUCGUUCUAAGCUUUUCUACCAAUGUUUCAGUGUUUUUUUUUUUCAACCAACUCGAAUAAGAUAUAUUGUAACAGUUUGUUUCAUUUAAAAUUUAAUUUUUAUUAAAUUUUCUUGACUAUAAUUUAAUUGAUUAAGAUUAUUAAUGAAUUUUAUUAAAUGCUUUGGAUACCCUUCAACACGAAAAUUUUGUUUUUCUUCAAUGAAAAGUCAAAAUACUUUAACUUAUUUAAAUAAAACAUUUUAUUUUCCUAGAAGAUACUUUUCUAAUGAAAAAGAUAUUAAAUUGCGUAUGAAUUGCGUUCGGUCUAUACAAAAGGUUAAGAAACACUAACAUAAUGGUACUAUCAUAGUGUCAUGUUUUCUUUGAGAUAUUAUGUAGAUUACUCAAGCCAUCAAAAUGGUAGCUACUUCUAAAAUAAAACAGGAUCACGCACGAAAACAUAUCAUGGACAAUUUUUCAUCAGGUGUUAAAACGCUUUUUUCUGACUAUGUUGGCAAGCAAAAAACCAUUAACGCCUCUUCUAGCAAAAUACAACUUUUAUCUAUUUUCUCCGGUAGCUCUUGUGUUUCACACGAAUAAUGCCUUUUUUAUUUUUAAACUCUAGACAAAGGUUUGUGUGGAGGAGUGAAUAAUGCUGUGAUGAAAAAAACAAAAACGUUUAUGAAAACGAAUGAAACGUCUUGUGUCUUGUACACAAUUGGGACGCGAUCGGAAUCGCUCGAACUGCAGUUGAAAGAAAUGGAAAAGAUAUCUUUUCGUGAAAUAACUCAAAAUAAUGUCUCUUUCACAAUAGCCUGUUAUAUUGCACAUCGUUUAUUACAGGAAAAAGACUCUAAGAUUGUCAUUAUAUAUAAUAAAUUUCGCAAUAUUAUUUCCUACGAUACUGUUGAAAAGCAACUUCCGGAUCUGAACACUACCCUUAAAGCUUUAACAACGGGAGAGUUUAGUAUAGAGCCAGGCACCACAGAAACAGCUAAGGAUUUGUAUGAAUUUUUCGUAGCUAUUUGUGUUUAUGAAUGUAUACUGAACAAUUCUGCAGCUGAACAGUCAAGCCGCAUCUCAGCUAUGGAAAAUGCUUCCAAAAACGCUUCAGAUAUGUUGACUCAAUUGAAAUUAAAGUAUAAUACAACUCGGCAAAUGAAGACAACUAUUGAGUUAAUGCAAAUUAUUUCUGGCGCUAAUUCGGUUUGACUGUUUCGCCAUAGCGAGAAGGUCAAAAAUUUUUUUUUUUAUUCUCUCUCACAAAGAAAACUAUGUUUUGCUUUUUCAAUUAUGGAAUGUUUGUAAUUAUGUAAACACAAUCAAAUCGUACAAUAGGCUUCUUUAUAUAAAAAAAUAA